AUGGCUAAGCUUAUUAUCAGCUUCUUAAUUAUCUCUUGUAUCGAAAUUUCUGCAAACAAAAUUUCUCCUAUAACCCUCCAAGAGGACACUGAGUCAUCUAGCGAGCCUGCCGAAAUUGAACCCCAAGACCAACCAUCUGAAUCUUCAGUAUGUCCUAAAUACACAUGUCUAGAAGAAAACGUAGACACUUGCUUAACAUCAUCUGCCGCAUCCUAUAACCUUGGCGACUGCAAAGAUGACUUCUAUUGUCCCAGCUUCAGCCUAUCUUCCCCUCCUGAGUCCGUCGAAUGUGUCAAAGAAGAUCCUGACUAUGAACCUCCCACAAUGACUUGUGUAGCAUACUCCCACAAAAAUGAGGUCUGCAACCAAACUAACCCUUGCCACCCUGAUUUUUAUUGUAAAGAAGGCUUGAUUUGUGUUGAAAGGGUUUCAAAUGGUGAUACUUGUACUUAUCUAGAUGAAUGCGAAAUUGGAAAUGUCUGCAAUAAAGGAAUUUGUAUUGAGUACUUCUCAGUAGAUGCUGGAAAGCCUGCAGACUCUAAACUGGCGUGCUCUUCUGCUAUUGUUUCGGAUGGAGUUUGUAGUGUCCCUUCAGCCACUAUUAGUGAUGAAUUACCAAAGAAGUGUCAUAGUGAUGAUGAUUGUAAAGCAACUGAUGAGACAUCUGGAGAGUGUGUUUGUGUGCCUAAUAGUCGUGGAGACAGAUAUUGCAAAUUGCAUGAUUCUGAUGAACCAGUGAAAGACUAUCUUGCUGCUGUUAACGAUGGGAGAAUUGAGAGAAGUAGAUAUUUGUUGUAUUAUGAAUUGAAUUUUCCGGUGAUAGAAAAAGCUGAAUCGUGCUAUUUUAAAGAUGCUGAAGAGUUAAUCAAAUUUAAACAGCUCAAAAAGUGGGCUAAUAAAUGCUCGGCAAGCUAUUUAGUAGUGAUUGGAUUAUUAAUAAACUUGUUUUAA